UCGUUGUGUCGUUGUCAGUCCGUGACCCGUCAGUGACGUGCGGAGAGAGGGAGAGAGAUGUUAGAGCAUCACAAACAUUAAGCCCAGCAUGAUGUGAGACGCUUCUCACCCUAAACAUGUGUGAAGGGUUUUAGAGGUUCGACUUCAGCAAACCUCUCUGCAAUUAGAUAAAGGCUGUUGAACAUUUGCGUGAGAAGAACUGAAGAACGCGCGCUACAAAGGCACGUCUCAGCGCAGCUCCUGUUUUCUACAGCUUGUGCCCUCUGCUGCUGACGUGAAAGAUGAGUUUGUGUGGCAGGAAGGCACUGACACUCCUUAGCAGUGUGUUUGCUGUGUGUAGUCUGGGGCUGCUGGGUAUUGCUGUCAGCACUGACUACUGGCUCUACCUGGAGGAGGGGGUCAUCCUGCCUCUCAAUCAGAGCACUGAAAUCCGUAUGUCUCUCCAUUCAGGGCUCUGGAGGGUCUGUUUUCUUGCAGAGUCACCAGCUCCAGCUACAGUGUUACCAACUGGUAAAUCAGGAGAGGAGAAGGGGCGCUGCUUUACAAUAGAGUAUGUGAUGCCCAUGAACGUUCAAAUGACAUCAGAGUCUACGGCCAGCGUUCUGAUUCCCCUCAUGGAUCCCUUCACCCGAGCGAUCCGCCCUCAACGCACUAUUCUGGCUUUCAUCUCUGGAAUCUUUUUUAUCCUGUCAGGUCUGUCCCUGGUGGUGGGUCUGGUCUUGUAUAUAUCCAGUAUUAAUGAUGAGAUGCUAAACAGAACAAAAACAAAUGAAGCUUAUUUCAGUUAUAAAUAUGGCUGGUCUUUUGCUUUUGCUGCAGUCUCCUUCCUGCUUACUGAGGCAGCAGGUGUAAUGUCUGUGUACCUGUUUAUGAAGCGGUACACUGCAGAGGAGAUGUACAGGCCACAUCCGGGUUUCUACCGUCCUCGCCUCAGCAACUGUUCUGACUACUCUGGUCAGUUCCUGCAUCCAGAUGCCUGGGCUCGUGGACGCAGCCCCUCAGACAUCUCCAGUGUGGCAUCCCUUCAAAUGAAUUCCAACUACCCUGCACUCCUCAAGUGUCCUGACUAUGAUCAGAUGUCCUCAUCGCCCUGUUGAGAUUGCAAAUACACAAUAGUGAAAUCUGAGAAUGAGAGAGAUCUAGCUAGUUCUUAAAGAUGCUGUACUGGCAUGGCUUUGGCACCUGAGAUUGUGUCG